UCCCUUACGCUGUGAAACCUCCUCUUCCAGCGCUCUUCAUGGAGAACGCUAGGAAAGGGAGCAUCGUGUCACGAGCCUCCAGCGCCUCUUCUGUCCCCAAUACAGAUGACGAGGACAGCGAUUAUCACCAGGAGCCCUACAAGGAGUCGUACAAGGACCGGCGCAGGCGGGCGCGCACCCAGGCGGAGCAGAAGAGGCGAGAUGCCAUCAAGAAAGGCUACGAUGACUUGCAGGCCAUCGUUCCCACCUGUGAGCAGCAGGAUUUCUCCAUAGGCUGCCAGAAGCUGAGCAAGGCCAUCGUCCUCCAGAAAACCAUUGACUACAUCCAGUUCCUGCAUAAGGAAAAGAAGAAGCAAGAGGAGGAAGUUUCUACCCUCAGGAAAGACGUCAUGGCCUUGAAGAUCAUGAAAGUGAACUACGAGCAGAUUGUGAAAGCUCAUCAGGACAACCCAAAUGAGGGGAAAGACCAGGUCUCUGACAAGGUGAAGUUCAAUGUUUUCCAAGGCAUUAUGGAUUCCCUGUUCCAGUCCUUUAACGCCUCCAUCUCAGUAACGAGUUUUCGGGAGCUCUCGGCUUGUGUCUUCAGCUGGAUUGAGGAGCACUGCAAGCCCCAGACGCUGCGGGACAUUGUGAUCGGGGUCCUGCACCAAGUGAAGAGCCAGCUCUACUGAGCCUUCCUGCUGCAGUGCCAGUGGCUCCGGGGCUGCCACCACCUCCACACCCACAGGGACGGGGCAUCUCCUGCCCGGGGGCCUGGGUGACAGGCACCAUGAAGGGCUGGACCAUCUCCCUCGUGGCUGUUCUUAAAGCUUCUCUGAAUUAUUUAUUGUAUUAACUACGAAACCAAAACAAAGCUGUGCGGACACCUCUGCUCCACAGGUACUGUCACAGUCAAUAUUACCAAAUAUUUGUAGGGACUUAGCAAAGGCAGGGGAAAAAAGUGUGUAGUGAGUAGAGGUCUUUUAGGGUGCCAGAGAGUCUUUAGCUCAGGCAGGUGUGGCGGGGUUUGCCUGCGCCACUGACUCUCCGCUGCGGAGCAGCUCUGCAACCUCAGGCCUCCGAUACAACCCCUUCUGAUCCCGGCAGAGGGGGGGAUGAAACAAGAAUGCAUGCUAAAAGCUGCUGGUUUCUGUUAAAACAGACUAGGAAUCGGCUUCUCCCGUAACCGUGGGCUUUCUCGUACCUCUGAAGGAGCUCUUCCGGGGCAGGUUUGUUGUUUUUUUUUUUAAGUUGUGUAGAUGCUUUGGGGAAGCCUGGCUGAGCUGGCUGAAGGCUGAGCCCAUCACUGGCACCGAGACACUUACCUGGCAUAGCCGCUGCCUCCCCGGUGCAGAGCUGGUGGCACGUGCCGGGGAUUUGCUAAGACGUGACCUCUUCGGCUGCAGCCACAGUUCCUCUGAUGGGGACAGGAGUGAGCUUUCUGCGCAGGCUUUUCCUGCUCAUGCUGGUGGGUGCUGAACAGUGUCUGUUUUCAUCUUGGCUUCGGGUUUUGUCGUGUCCAGUACUGAACAGGAAAAAGUAGCUCUGUAGCACAGCACCACCACAGGCUCUCGCUGCUCCUCCUUAGAACUUUUAUAUAGAUACAUACACAUAACCAGCCUUGAUUUGAUUUUUUUUGUUUGUUUGUUGUUUUUAUAAAUUGCUGAAAUCAUCCUGAAGUAGUGUCAGCUUUGCAGGCAGAUGUUCUCGGGGACACUUUUUAACCAGUCAGAUGCUGCUGCUGUCAGUAUGGGUCGUGGCUCUGGCCAACCCAAACCCUUUGCAGCGUGGUGUAGCCACUGCCCAAGCGAUGAUUGUUCACCACGCAGCGCAAUUGUACCGCGGCUCCUCCAGUACGGUGCCACUGGCAGCAGGAUUUGUUCUCUGUAAUCGCGUUCGUGCUCCCGCUCCAGGGGUAGUGGAUAUUUAUUUUACGCUGUUUCUCCACUGACAAUGAGGUAGCACGCAGCUCCAGGUUAUGUGGUUUGAACGCUGCAGCAUGAGAAUGUUUAGGCUACUGCUUCUACCCCCGUUUAGUAGCAGAGAACCCAUUCUGGGCUGUGGGUGGGGGUGUUAUUUUUAAACAGAAUUAGUCUUCAAACCCUGCCUUUAGGUGCCCUUUUCAAUGCAAUGCAAUGGAAGCCCCAGAGUCAAACCCUGUGGUGAUGCACAUGACCGAUAAAGCACGCACAGGGGCAACUGUGUCUUGCCUGAAAGAUGUUGCUUUGUGAUGAAGAAAAAUCCUCUCUCAUGGGUGAGCAGGUUAGGGUUAGGGCUCUGCGGCUGAACCCCUGGAGAUGCUCUGCCAGAAGCUGCCUCCUGCCCUGGAGUUUUACAGACCUCACAUGUGAAA